UGAGUAGACCACCACGGUCACAACGUCAUCACCGGAACGGAUGUAGUGUUUAGCUAAACUACCCAAUGCUUAACCCUAACAAAGCCCGUGUGUGUUCUUAUUGACUAUCGUUGUAGCUUUUAGGGAUUGUAAAACACAUCCAAAUUUCCAUAUUAGAAAACAACAUUUCUUAUAUAAGCGUAACAUUGCUGUUUUUGGCGCUAGUGUAGUUUAGCUCUAAUGACAACAUCGGCGUUAGCCUUUAGCUGGUAGCAUCAUUUUGCACAGUAAUGUGAAGUAACCACAAUCACUUAAUGUGCACCCGUGAAUGUUAAGAAGUAUUUAAGUUUGAAAAGACUUGAAAGGUUACUUAACAACAGACACAGUCAUGGGUACUGGAGCUGAUGUUAGGGAUAUCCUGGAGUUGACUGGAGGAGAAAAUGACGGUCCGAUCAGUAAGAAAGAUCUCAUCAACUCGGACAAGAAAAAAUCCAAGAAGACAACAGAAACCCUCACCUUCAAGAGACCAGAGGGAAUGCACCGAGAGGUCUACGCUUUACUCUACUCAGAUAAAAAAGAUGCACCUCCACUGCUGCCCAGCGAUACAACUCAGGGCUACAGGACAGUCAAAGCCAAGCUGGGCUGUAAAAAGGUUCGGCCCUGGAAGUGGAUGCCCUUUACCAAUCCGGCUCGAAGGGAUGGGGCUAUUUUCCAUCACUGGAGACGUGUGGCAGAGGAGGGCAAGGACUACCCUUUCGCCCGUUUCAACAAGACAGUACAGGUACCAGUUUACUCGGAGCAGGAGUAUCAGAUGCAUCUGCAUGAUGAUGGCUGGACUAAAGCAGAGACAGAUCACCUGUUUGACCUGUGCAAACGCUUCGACCUUCGCUUCAUAGUUGUCCAUGACCGCUACGAUUACCAGCAAUACAGAAAACGUUCAGUGGAGGACCUAAAAGAACGGUAUUAUAACAUCUGUGGUAAGCUGACCAAGGUUCGCGCAGCUUCAGGGACAGAGCCAAAGAUCUAUAUCUUUGAUGCCGGCCAUGAAAGGCGCCGCAAGGAACAACUAGAGAAACUCUUCAAUCGCACACCUGAACAAGUGGCAGAAGAGGAAUAUCUUGUACAAGAGCUAAGGAAGAUAGAGACUAGGAAGAAAGAGCGGGAGAAGAAGGCCCAGGAUCUGCAGAAACUCAUUAAAGCGGCUGAUACAACCACAGAGUUAAGGCGAGCAGAAAAGAGAGUUUCCAAGAAGAAACUCCCUCAAAAAAGAGAAACGGAAAAACCGGCUGUUCCAGAGACGGCAGGCAUCAAGUUUCCUGACUUCAAAUCAGCGGGAGUCACUCUGCGCAGUCAGAGGAUGAAACUGCCAAGCUCAGUAGGCCAGAAGAAGAUCAAGGCCAUUGAGCAGAUCCUGAUCGAGCAAGGAGUGGAUCUGAACCCCAUGCCCACAGAGGAGAUUGUUCAGAUGUUCAAUGAGCUGCGUAGCGACCUGGUGCUGCUGUAUGAGCUGAAGCAGGCCCACAGCAACUGUGAAUAUGAGCAACAGAUGCUGCGUCAUCGUUAUGAGGCCCUACUGAAGGCCAGCAGUGGAGGUGUGUGUGGUGGAACUAUAGGGUCUGGUCCAGCCUCUACAGGACAGGGUGGAGAGGUCAAUGCCACCAACAGCACCACAGCAGCCACCCCCGUUGGUGAAUCUCAGUCCUGGCCCUGUGUGGACAACAUCAAGGUGGAAGCCAAAGAGCAGAUCAUCGAUGUUGUAGGAGCGCCACUUACGCCCAACUCUCGCAAAAGGAGAGAGUCUGCAUCCAGCUCGUCUUCAAUCAAGAAGGUGAAGAAGCCUUGAUGGUUACCGGAGCCGCUGCUUUUACACUGUGGAGGACGAGGUGAAGUGUUGGUCACAGUAGAGAUGUCUACAAGUUUUAACAGUUGGACAAGAGGGACACGGGAGCAGGACACCAUAUUGCUCUCCAUUAAUGUAGAAGCGCCAUGGACUACACACACUCACACACACAACUUUCCACCUACCAACGGCAACACUCCCACCCAUCCCCGUCUGGCCCAGCCUGCAUCUUUGUGACAAAGGCAACAACUGAGUGACAUUUCAUUCCAUUACUGCACGUCUGCCUGCCUCACCGUAGCUCAGCCUCAGAUGAGGUAAGAUCAACUGUAAAUUGCCAGGCUGAGCUAAUCGGGAUCUGGGAAGGAGGCGGGAAUGACGUGGUAAUUGAAAUGAAUUGGAAUGAAAGGAGAGACUGUGGGAGUGGGAGGACUGAAAGCCAAUGUUUUUUUUUUUUGGUAGCCUAAUCAUGCCAUAGUGUUUAGUGGAAAUGUGUUUUGGUGUUAGCUGUUAAUACCCCUAACCCCUACAGCCGCCUCUCAACCUGGACCUCUCCUCACUCUCUUAUUGAUGCUGGGUCCAUCUUUUGCCUGUUUUCGAAUCGUUGGAGCUGAUUUCUGUUGUUUGUCCUCAAGUGAUCUUGAAGUUGUUCGGUCAAUGAUUCAAUAAACCUCAUUGUUAUUUUUUUUUGUA